GGGGAAUUCUGAACGAAGGAGGAUGAAGAGGGAAUUUUAUUAAUACCGCUAGAACAUGAUACGGCAGCAGAAAAAAAGGUUCAAACUUUCAAUUUUCUCCCAAUAGAUAUCUAUAAAAGUGGCAGCUGUGAUCAAGAGCUGGAACAUUACAUUGCAAGCUUCAGAGUCUACGAACACAAUUCUACCUCGUCACGAACAAAACGAGCAAAUAUUGACACAGCGCAUACUAAUUGACGGUCCUGAUUCGAACUGCAGAUAGGUUUAAUCAUCUCAGAUUUACGACAAUAAAUCUGUUGGGGAUAACAAGCAGCCUACGAGAUUAUACCACAAGAACUGUGAUUCAAUCCAUUGCAAAGACGGCAAUAGCGACGAGGUUUCAACCCAAUCACAGCGGGAGUUGUUCUAUACUAUUGCGAUAUACUAUCAAGGUCGUAAUCCAAUUACAUCUCAAUCUCGAAAUUCUGAAAUCAAUUAACAACUUUGAGUGUGGUGGAUUUCACAGUUUGAUCUUACCACCAGGGGCUUCUGAGCUAUUAACUCCCAAUUUCAACCACACAUCGGAGAAAGUGCGAUACGAUGCCACCACGAACCCUCCGAAAACGCUCGCAUAGAGCAAGCUCACGCGAUCCGCAUUCUAAUACAAAUAUAAAUGCAGACCCGAGCGCAAAUGCAAAUACAAAUACGACUGGUUCACCAAAUACAAUCACGGUACGAACUACGACGACAACUACUACUACAAUGAUGGUUGAUAAGGAUGGUGUUGAGGUUGAGGGUAGUAGGAGAGUUAGUGGGGGGAGGACAAGUACUGGUGGGAGAACAAGUAUUGGUUCCGGAGAGAAAAGACAGAGGGGAUUGGCGGAAUUUGGUAUUACGAGAAGUCCGCAUCCUCAAGGAAAGAAACGCACGCGUGAGGUCGAGAAAGAGGAAGAGGAAGAGGAAGAGGGAGAUGAGAUUGGGAAUACUGUGAAUGGUGGAAGCAUGGCAAAUGGAACGAAUGGAACAAUAAUUGGUCCAAUGAGCUCUACCCAAGAUCAAGAGCAUAUAAAUACACCCAAACGCAGAAGAAUCAGCACAACAAAUCGUGUAAACGGCUCGAUUACUGUUACCGGAACCGGAGGUAGAGAAACACCAAGGGAAAGAACUAGGGAAAGAGAUGUUACAGUCAGCAUGGAAAAUUCACUGCCGUCGCCGCCUGCUGAAGCAGGCGAUAAUGAGCACAAUGUGAAUUCGGUCGAGGGUGAUAUUGGAAGAAGUUCCCCCUUAGAAAAUAAUAGGGCUGGAAGUACUGGUACAGAGACGGAGACGGCGAAGAAUGAGAAAGAGAAUGAGGAAGAAAAGGAUGAACAAAGGGAAAGAAAUAUCGAUGAAGUCGUUUUUGGAGAUUUAUGCUUCAAGAGUUGGUAUUCCAGUUUUUAUACCCGCGAUGUCAUCGGAAAUGGAAUGAUAGAAAAUCAUUCUCAGAGUGUUAGUCAAGGAAGUGGGAAAAGCAGUAAGAGUGGCAAGAGUGGCAAGAGUGGAAAGAGUGGAAAGGGGGGGGAGAGAGAUUCGAGAGGACCAAAGGGUUUGCAGGUUGAUAGAUUAUUUGUCUGCAAUUGGUGCUUUGGAUAUACAGUCCAUGGGGGAGAAAUGGCGAAACAUAGAGAAUGCUGUGAGCGUAAAGGAAGAGUGCCCGGAAAUUGUGUUUAUGAACAUGAUGAGAAUGGGGAAUGGAGUGUUUGGGAGGUAGAUGGGGAGGUUGAGGGUACAUUUUCACAGUCCCUGUCCCUCUUCGCCAAACUCUUCCUGGACAAUAAAUCAGUUCUCUACGAUGUGCAGUCGUUCAAUUAUUUCCUUCUCGUUCACACCAAUCCCAGUACGAAAGAACAACAAAUCGUAGGAUUCUUCUCGAAGGAAAAGAUGUCAUGGGAUAACAAUAAUCUAGCUUGCAUUCUUGUUUUUCCUCCAUGGCAAAAGAAGGGACUGGGGAGUAUCUUAAUAGGCACAAGUUACGAAAUCAGUAGGAGAGAAGGGCUACUUGGAGGACCAGAAAAACCAAUUAGUGAGUUGGGAAAGAAAGGUUAUGGAAGAUUCUGGGGGGCAGAGGUAGCGAGAUGGUUGUUAGAAUGUGAGGUUGGUGUGGAUACUUUGAUCAGAGAGGAGGAGGUGGAGGAGGAGGAAGAGGAGCUUGAUGUUGAGGUGAUUAAAGUGGAAAAGAAACCACCGGCGAAGAAGCCAUCGGGGAAGGGAAUGGGAAAGGGUUGGAGGAAGGGUAUGAAGGGUGUAGGCAUGCAACCUCAAUCUCUUUCUCAAUCUUCCUCUCAGCCGAAGGAAAUCCCAGCACCAGCACCCAAAUUAACACCAAAAGCAACAAAAUCAGCGCCAAAGUUGCCCGUAACACCACCUAUGGAAGACACCUGCGGAGCAACUACUGUGGAAGCUAUUAGUAAAGGCACAUGGAUAGCGGUAGACGAUGUUCUUGGGGUUCUUAGAUCAAUGGGCGUACUUGAAAAAGUCGGUAGCUCAAACAGAGAGAAAGCGGGAAAGAAAUAUAAAGUCAAAGUAGAUAAAGAACAAAUCCGCAAGUGGAUAGAGAAAGAGGGAUUGAGUUUGGAGAAGUGUGUAAGGGAAGAGGGGUUUGUGGAGGGGUAUGGAUAUGCGGUUAGCGAUGUCAGUGGAGUUAGUGGGGAGGAGAGCUUGAUGGAAAGUAUUGAGGGGAGUGGGGAAGAGGUUGAUGAGGCAGGAGAUGAGGAUGAGUUGGCAUGAUAGAAGCUGAAGGAGCAUGGUAUAAACCGGGAUUGGUGUUUCGGUGUCUUUGGUGAUAAAAUUUGGGGGACUGAAUUCGGUCGGAGUUGGUUAGGCUCGUGGGGACUCAUCCGUUUGGAUCCAGUUUAUUGUUUAUUAGAUACCAUAGCGGGAGUCGUUUUCAACCUAAGGCUAAAUAUAUAAGUGCA